GGAAAAUUAAGAAAAAUAAACUAUCAAAAAUCUGAAAUACAAAUAAAACGUCUCCAACUAUUUUUAUCUGUAGUCAGAUUGUCUUUCCAUACCCUAAAUGCAACCCUUAUUAAAAAAACUAGUGUAACAUCACACAAUGAAGUAUGAAGGGCCACAGAAGAUUUUAAUUAAUGCUCAAAAAAUGGCAGUCCACAAGUCUAAAAGUACCAAAUGAACUAUUAUAUAAUGAUAAAUAUUAAAAUCAAUCAAAGUCAAAACAAAAAUAUAAAAACAAAAUCUUAUAAAAGAUUUGAAUAAAACUUCAAUUACUCAUUAAUAUUAGUUGUGGCCAUUAUCAAUUGACUAUGCACAAACACAGUUCCUUUCUUUGUCUUUCCUUCAUAUUUACAACAAAUCUCCCCUCCAUUUCUCUACCCUUCAACCUCAACUAGCUUAUACAAUAAUUAUUUUAUAAUUAUUUCCCUAACUAGGCUUUAUUUUAUCUUAUCUUAUCUUAUCUUAUUAAUUUUGGUAAUUAAGCCUAGGUAGGCUUUGUAAUGCUGGCAGUAUCCCCCUUAAGGAGUAACACCAAAGAUGGAAACAAAGGAGGUCCAAUGGAUCCGAAUUUCUCCAUGGGAAGUGAAGAAUUUCCGGAUUUUACAGGGGCAAAUUUGUUGGAUAGCAUCGAUUUCGAUGAUUUGUUCAUGGGUAUGCAUGAAGGAGAUGUGUUACCGGAUCUUGAAAUGGAUCCGGAUCUGUUGGCAGAAUUCUCACUUAGUACUAAUACUACUGUGGGAGAUGACUCUUCUGAUGUUAAUAAUUCAUCUGCUAUGUCUAUUGAGAAUGUUAUUAGUUCUUGUGAAGAUGGGGACUUAGCUUUAUUUGAUGCUUAUGAAGUUAAUAAUGAAAAUAUUAAUAUUCAUAAUGAUAAUAAUAUUAUUAAUAAUGAUGUUGUUAGUCAAGUAAUAAGAGGGAUUGAUAAGGAUGAGAAAGUUUUGGAAAAGGAUUUGAAGGAAGAGAUUGAGAGUAAAAUGGAUCUGAAAUCGGAGACCCGAAUACCCACCAAUAUAUCUUCUAAGGAAAGUGAGAAAGGGAAGAAAUCAUCAUCCAAUUCCAAACUUUCUGGGGCUAACAAUUUUAGUAAUAAUAACAACAAUCAAGCCAAGAGAAAAACCAAGGUGGAUUGGACGCCGGAGCUUCAUAGGAGGUUUGUGCAAGCAGUGGAGCAACUAGGAGUGGAUAAGGCAGUUCCUUCAAGGAUUUUAGAGCUUAUGGGAAUUGAUUGUCUCACUCGUCAUAAUAUUGCAAGCCAUCUUCAGAAAUAUCGAUCACAUCGAAAACAUUUGCUAGCUAGGGAGGCAGAGGCAGCAAAUUGGACACAAAAGCGACAAAUUUAUGGUGUCGCAAUGGGAGGAGGCAAAGGUGGUGCUAAUGUAAGCCCGUGGUAUCCACCAACAAUGGGUUUCCCUCCAAUGACAACCAUGCACCAACCUUUUAGACCACUUCAUGUUUGGGGACAUCCAACUAUGGACCCUCAAGCUAGGGUGCCUAUGUGGCCUAAUAAACAACUUAAUGUUGUUCCUCCAACUACUCCUUUACCUCCAGCAUGGGCUCCUCCUCCACCACACCCUACCUCAGCUGAUCCAUCAUUUUGGCACCAACGAAGACUACAAGUACCAGUAGCAGUAGCAGUUCCGGGGAUCCCACCACAUACAAUGUUCAGACCGGAUCGACAUGGGCUUCUUCCUCAGUCUGGAUCCCGCCCUUCCAUUGACCUUCAUCCGUCGAAGGAGAGUAUAGAUACAGCCAUUGGAGAAGUUUUAGCAAAACCAUGGAAGCCACUCCCAAUAGGGUUAAAGCCACCAUUGAUGGACAGUGUUUUGGUGGAACUCCAACGUCAAGGCAUUUCUAAGAUUCCCCCUUCUUGUCCUUGAUUUAUAAAUAAAUUAUCGAUAUAUAAUAUAACCCUCAAUUUGACGACAUAUCUAAAAAUAUAUAAUAAUAAUAAUAAUAAUAAUAAUAAUUUACUACACUCUCUUUUCUAGUUCAUCUCUCUUUAUGUUUCUCUAUCCAAUGUACAACGACUUACGAGUGUUGUUUUGUGAAUAAAUUUUGUUA